GGUCUAAGUAACCAUUUCCGUCUUAAUUCAUUCCUAUCUCGCCAUAGUUCCUCCCUUCGUUCCUAUCUCAACCUCGAAUGGCGGCGGAAAAACCAAGCACCAUGAAGGCUGUACAGUACGAUUCCUACGGAGGAGGUGCCGCCGGCCUCAAGCAUGUUGAGGUUCCUAUUCCUUCGCCCAAGAAAAAUGAGGCUUUGUUGAAGUUGGAGGCAGCUGCUAUAAACCCAGUAGACUGGAAAAUCCAGAAAGGCAUGCUCCGCCCGUUUCUGCCACCCAGAUUUCCAUUUACCCCUGUUUCUGAUGUUGCUGGAGAAGUUGUAGAAGUAGGUUCUGAGGUCAAUUCCUUUAAGAAGGGGGACAAAGUUGUUGGUCUGCUAAGCUUUCCAAAUGGUGGCGGGCUUGCCGAUUUUGCUGUAACAACAGUGGCUGCAAUGGCCAUUAGGCCGCCUGAGGUUUCACUAUCUGAAGCUGCAGGCCUACCAACGGCAGGCCUGACUGCUCUCCAGUCACUGAAGGCUAUUGGGAUUAAAUUUGAUACUCCCAACAAGUCAUCCAAUAUUCUGAUAACAGCUGCCUCUGGUGGUGUGGGGCACUAUGCUGUCCAGCUUGCCAAGUAUGCAGGACUCCAUGUUACAGCAACAUGCGGCGCUCGCAAUAUAGAACUGGUAAAGAGUCUCGGAGCAGAUGAGGUGGUGGACUACAAGACUCCAGAGGGUGCGAAACUGAAGAGCCCAUCAGACAAGAAGUACGACGGAGUCAUCCAUUGCGCCACCAAUAUUCCCUGGUCCACUUUUGGGCCCAACUUGAGCAGCAGUGGCAAGGUCAUUGAUAUAACUCCCAAUUUUACAACUAUAGCUGCUUCCAUUCUGAAGAGGAUCACAUUUUCAAAGAAAAAGCUUAUACCACUGAUGUUGGUACCAAAGUCCGGUGAAAUGGAAUUCUUAGUCAAUUUGGUAAAGGAAGGUAAGCUCAAGACAGUUAUAGACUCCGUAUAUCCAUUAAGUAAAGCAGAAGAGGCCUGGGCCAAGAGCAUCAGUGGUCAUGCUACAGGGAAGAUCAUUAUCGAAAUAUGAGCCAGUUAUAAGUUACCAUUCCGUCUCAACUAUAGAUGUAACUUGGCAUGCUAUCUAAUCUUUGCUCUGGUCUCUUGCUACAACGUUCCACUCUUAAAAUCAAUGGUGAGUAAACUGUUGAAUUUUCUGUUCUUUGUAUAUGGCUAUGCAUUAGUACUUUGUGAAUGAUGUUUAUUCAGGCUGUCUAGUAUACAGGACACUCAUUUCGUUCUUCCUCUUAAUAAAACUACAAAUGCAUGAUCUGGCUGA